GUGACGCUGCCUCUCUUUGUUGGCUUAGCAGCGGCGACGUUUUGUUGUUAUUUUCGCUGCAGCUGAAAAACAGGCUCGGAUAAUUUUGGUUUUCGUAUUGUUCCGCAAUCUACAUCUGGCGUUUUCGACCUCAAGGUGUGCUCGUCCUAAGCCGGUAAACACCUUAGGAAUGGACUCAGACGAGGGCUAUAAUUAUGAAUACGACGACGAAGACGAAUGUAGCGAGGACAGUGGCGAAGAGGAGCCCGAGGACGACACCCUGGAACUCGGUGAUGUGGAGUUGGUUGAUCCCGUAGUGGCCGGUGGGGAGCGAGACGAGGGCGGCGAGACUGGUGUAGGUGGUCACGGUCCUGGUGAGGAAGAAGAGGAGGACUACCGUUUCGAGGUUUUGACUGCCGAACAGAUUCUCCAGCAUAUGGUGGAAUGUAUCAGGGAGGUCAACGAGGUCAUCCAGAACCCUGCAACAAUAACACGCAUUCUCCUCAGCCAUUUCAACUGGGAUAAAGAAAAGCUUAUGGAAAGAUACUUUGAUGGUAAUCUCGACAAGCUUUUCUCCGAGUGUCACGUCAUCAACCCCAGCAAGAAGCCCCGGAUCCGUCCUCCAAUCAACACUAGAUCAUCGGCACAAGACAUGCCUUGUCAGAUCUGCUAUUUAAAUUUCCCCAACUCAUACUUUACAGGCCUGGAGUGUGGACACAAGUUCUGCAUGCAGUGCUGGGGAGAUUAUUUGACUACCAAAAUCAUAGAGGAAGGAAUGGGACAGACCAUUUCUUGUCCUGCUCAUAGUUGUGACAUUUUGGUUGAUGACAACACAGUCAUGCGCCUCAUAACAGAUUCAAAAGUAAAGUUGAAGUACCAGCAUUUAAUCACGAAUAGUUUUGUUGAGUGCAAUCGACUGUUAAAGUGGUGCCCUGCACCGGACUGCCAUCACGUUGUCAAAGUCCAGUAUCCAGAUGCCAAGCCAGUGAGAUGCAAGUGUGGUCGUCAGUUCUGUUUCAACUGUGGAGAGAACUGGCAUGAUCCUGUGAAGUGUAAGUGGCUGAGAAAAUGGAUUAAGAAAUGUGACGAUGACAGCGAAACUUCCAACUGGAUUGCAGCAAAUACCAAGGAGUGUCCAAAAUGUCAUGUGACCAUUGAGAAGGAUGGCGGCUGCAACCACAUGGUUUGUCGUAACCAGAACUGCAAAGCUGAGUUCUGUUGGGUCUGCCUGGGCCCAUGGGAACCUCAUGGCUCUGCCUGGUACAACUGCAACCGCUAUAAUGAAGAUGACGCCAAGGCAGCCAGAGACGCUCAAGAGCGCUCCAGGGCAGCCCUGCAGAGGUACCUGUUCUACUGCAACCGCUACAUGAACCACAUGCAGAGUCUGCGCUUCGAGCACAAGCUCUAUGCUCAGGUUAAGCAGAAGAUGGAGGAGAUGCAGCAGCACAACAUGUCUUGGAUUGAGGUGCAGUUCCUGAAGAAGGCUGUAGAUGUGCUCUGCCAGUGCCGCUCUACACUCAUGUUCACUUACGUCUUUGCCUUCUACCUCAAGAAGAACAACCAGUCCAUUAUUUUUGAGAACAACCAGGCAGAUCUGGAAAAUGCCACUGAGGUCCUCUCUGGCUACUUAGAGCGAGAUAUAUCCCAGGAUUCCUUGCAGGACAUCAAGCAGAAAGUACAAGACAAGUACAGAUACUGUGAGAGCAGGCGAAGAGUGCUGCUACAGCACGUACAUGAAGGCUAUGAGAAGGACCUGUGGGAGUACAUCGAGGAUUGAGGACACGUCCCAGUGCAACAGACUAUUGAGUAUCUUGACAAACUAGAGCGCUGAUGCAAUUAAACAGGGCAGCACGGGCCUUCUGCCGCCUCUUCUUGGCAACCAACCACUUUUGCAUCUUUGUUUUUUUCCUGGAUUACUUUAACAAAAAAAAUCUUGAAAAGAAUUAUAUUUAAAGAAAGUGUAGAGUAAUACAAAGAAUGUGUACUACAGUAUUGUUAGUAACAGGGUGGAGUCUUCAGAAAGCAGAAAAAUCCAUCAUAAACAAAUAAAUCCUUUUGGGCCUGUAUUGUAACCCUCUAAACUA